AUGACACGUGCGCUAGUGGCGAAUGCAAAAAUCCUCGGCAUCACGAAGCGACUCAUGUCCCGGCAAGCUCGAUCCCGCUUUGCAUCUACAGGCGUCGAAACGGCAUUUAUCGACUCUUUGCCUCCUAGUCUACAGCCAACCAUAUUUCAGCUCACUAUUCCCCACCAUCCAUGGAUUGAUCUCAUACCUGUGCCAGAGAUCCGUGAUAAUCUUCUGCACCUAGAUGUGAAUUCAUACGAUGCAGCGCAAUUGUGUCGCGAUAUGCGAGGAUUCCAGGAAGUGGCUGGCGGAAGGGGAGGUGUUGCUGUAUGGGGACAGUCGUGGGAUCCGCAUGGUUGGGAAAUUUCUCCAGCCUUUGCGCAGAAAUGGCCAUGGGUCGUCCAACGUUGCGAACAUCUGCUCAAGUCGACAAAUUAUUGGCGAGGUACUCGGGGUGAACCUCCCUUGCAGUUUGGGCACGACGUAAGUCCCAGUCAGGAUGGCCCUCUAAGAGUUGAGGAACUUGAACAAGAGCGGGGAUCGAUUCCACAAUUCAAAUUGAGUUCAUGCUUAGUUGGCUGGGAUGAGCCUCAAGGCCACUUACUAUGGGGACGUCUGAGCUCUAAUUAG